AUGCAAACAGACACCCUCGCUUCGCCGGAUGUAUGCUCGGCCGUACCUUCGCCUUAUCGGACAGCCACCAGCGCUUUGCAAGCCAAAGUCCCCGAGAUCUUCAGGGCAAAGGGCAACUACUUCCAUCUCACUAAUGGCCGCACAAUUUUCGAUGCGGUCGGUGGAGCCGCCGUCAACAAUCUCGGUCACGGCGACGAAAGGAUCGCAGAUGCUAUUUGCGAACAGAUUGCGACGGUGGAUUAUUGCCGCUCAACGUUGUUCACUAGUAAAACCACUUGCGACAUAGCGGAUUUCCUCGUUAAGACGACCGAGGGAGCCAUGAAACGAGCGCUGUUUGUGUCGUCAGGGACUGAGGCCAACGAGGCCAUGAUGAAGUUGUGCACCCUGUACUUCCGAAGCAUCGGCCAACCGCAAAGAGUGCGCUUCAUCGCCCGCAAGAACUCUUACCAUGGAUCCUCCGUCUCCACGUUGACUCUGGGCUUCCACAUGCGAAGGCGAGAGCUGUUUCAGGGUCUACUGUCCUUGGACGGCCCCAAUAUCAGCCAUGUCAGUCGAGCGCAUGCAUAUCGUGACCUCAUGCCGAAUGAGUCCGAGCAUGAGUAUGUGGCUAGACUGGCCGAGGAGCUCGACAAUGAGUUCCAGAGGCUCGGUCCCGACAGUGUCUGCGCGUUCGUCGCGGAGCCAAUCGUAGGCGCGGGUCUUGGAGGAGCCGUUGCACCAAAAGGAUAUUUUGAAGCCAUGAAGCAAGUUUGCCAUAAGUACGGUGCCUUGCUGGUAAUGGACGAAGUCAUGUGUGGGCUAGGUAGAACUGGGACCUAUCACGCAUGGCAACAUCCCGAUGUCGGUACCGCUCCAGACCUCCAGACUGUCGGCAAGACUCUUGCAGGUGGCUAUGUUCCUGUAGCCUCGCUUUUGGUAGGCCAAACGGUCGCACGGGCUAUGGAAGAAAGACGCGAAUUCUUCAUCCAUGGAUCGACUUACGAGGAUCAUCCUGUUGUCGAAGCUGCAGCCUUAAGAGUUCAGCAGAUCGUACGAGACGAGGGGCUGGUGGAGAAUGUGCAGCGUCAGGGUGCCAUGCUCCGCGAGCUGCUGCAGCAAAGGCUUGGUUCCCACCCUUGUGUAGGCCAUAUUCGGGGCCGUGGACUGAUGUGCGGGGUUGAGAUCACACAGCCCUGGAGCAAAGUGCCAUAUUGCUCCGACCUAAGAGUCACUUACAGGAUCUGCGAAGCCGGUAUGGACCUACCGAGAGACGUUGCGGAGACGCUUGGCUUCGACGGCAUUAGCAUGACCCCUAACCAAGGCUGUUCGGAUGGUCUGGAAGGCGAUGUCGUGGUCUUGACGCCUGCGUUCAAUAUCAGCACAGCCGACGUGGCAGCCAUUGUUGAAGCUUUGGCUACAUCGUUGGAAGAAGUUUUGGGAACGGCUGGUGAGAAGAUUGAUGCUGAGCUUGCUGCUGGUAUGCAGGCUCAAGCGCGGCUGUGA